GACUACAAACCGGCAACAGUUUGCUUAUGAGGACUGCACAGAGUCUAGGUCUCUGUGCAGGAACCCCAGCGAUGGGGUAGGUGUCAAGAUUUCUCCAUCUUGCUAAGGAGGAACGGUUUCCUAUUUGAUAUAGCUGAUGGUACCAUGCAAAAAUCAGAUCCUCGAAAAGUGAUAGACUGGAACAAUGUUAGGAAACACAAGUAUGGUCACCUUUCCGUGUCUGCAUCCCAGUAUCGAGAAGCUACUGACAUCCUGGAACUAGGUCAUUUUACCUGGGACAAAUACCUAAAAGAAACAUGUUCAGUCCCAGCGCCUGUCCAUUGCUUCAAGCAGUCCUACACACCUCCAAGCAACGAGUUCAAGAUCAGCAUGAAAUUGGAAGCACAGGACCCCAGGAAUACCACAUCCACGUGUAUUGCAACAGUAGUUGGACUGACAGGUGCCCGCCUCCGCCUUCGCCUUGAUGGCAGCGACAACAAGAAUGACUUCUGGAGGCUAGUUGACUCCUCUGAAAUCCAGCCUAUUGGGAACUGUGAGAAGAAUGGGGGUAUGCUGCAGCCCCCUCUGGGAUUUCGGCUGAAUGCCUCCUCUUGGCCCAUGUUCCUUUUGAAGACACUAAAUGGAGCAGAGAUGGCUCCCAUCAGGAUUUUCCACAAGGAACCACCCUCGCCUUCCCACAACUUCUUCAAAAUGGGAAUGAAGCUAGAAGCUGUGGACAGGAAGAACCCUCAUUUCAUUUGCCCAGCCACUAUUGGGGAGGUGCGGGGCUCAGAGGUGCUUGUCACUUUUGAUGGGUGGCGAGGGGCCUUUGACUACUGGUGCCGCUUCGACUCCCGGGACAUCUUCCCUGUGGGCUGGUGCUCCCUGACUGGAGACAACCUACAGCCGCCUGGCACUAAAGUUGUGAUUCCAAAGAACCCCUAUCCUGCAUCCGAUGUGAACACUGAGAAGCCCAGCAUCCACAGCAGUACCAAAACUGUCUUGGACCAUCAACCAGGGCAGAGGGGGCGUAAACCAGGAAAGAAGCGGGGCCGGACACCCAAGCCCCUAAUUCCCCACCCCGUCUCUACCCCAUCCAAGUCAGCUGAACCUUUGAAAUUCCCAAAGAAGAGGGGUCCCAAACCUGGCAGUAAGAGGAAACCUCGGACUUUGCUGAACCCACCACCCACCUCACCAACAACCAGCACCCCUGAACCGGACACCAGCACUGUACCCCAAGAUGCUGCCACCAUCCCCAGCUCAGCCAUGCAGGCCCCCACAGUGUGUAUUUACUUGAACAAGAACGGCACCCCGGGCCCCCACUUAGAUAAGAAGAAGGUCCAGCUGCUCCCUGACCAUUUUGGGCCAGCCCGCGCCUCCGUCGUGUUGCAGCAGGCUGUCCAGGCUUGCAUCGACUGUGCUUAUCAUCAGAAAACUGUCUUCAGCUUCCUCAAACAGGGCCAUGGUGGUGAAGUGAUCUCAGCCGUGUUUGACCGUGAGCAGCACACCCUCAACCUCCCGGCAGUCAACAGCAUCACCUACGUCCUCCGCUUCCUGGAGAAACUCUGCCACAACCUUCGCAGUGACAAUCUGUUUGGCAGCCAGCCCUUUACACAGCCUCACUUGCCGCUCCCCGCCGCCGAGUACAGCCACAGCCACGACAGGUACCUACCAGGUGAAAGCUUUGUCCUGGGGAACAGUCUGACCCGGUCCUUGGAACCACACACAGACUCCAUGGACUCUGCCUUGACUCCCACCAACCUUGUCAGCAGCUCCCAAAACCUUCGAACCCACGGGUACCGGCCUCUGCUGCCAUCGUGUGGCCUCCCACUGAGUACGGCCUCGGCUGUGCGCAGGCUGUGCGCCAGGGGGUCGGAUCGAUACCUGGAAAGCCGGGAUGCCUCUCGACUGAGUGGCCGGGACCCCUCCUCCUGGACAGUAGAGGACGUGAUGCAGUUUGUCCGGGAAGCCGAUCCUCAGCUUGGACCCCACGCUGACCUCUUUCGCAAACACGAGAUCGACGGCAAGGCUCUACUUCUGCUGCGCAGUGACAUGAUGAUGAAGUACAUGGGGCUGAAGCUGGGGCCCGCGCUCAAGCUCUCCUUCCACAUCGACCGGCUGAAGCAGGGCAAGUUCUGAAGCGGGAGACACGCCCAGACACCUGCGGGCCCGCCGGAAGGGUCGGCACUCUUCUCCCUGGAAGGAGGGCCAGCCACCUCCUGGCACCUUGGUGGGGCUCAGGGCCACCGCGGGACCCCAGGAGGCCUUGCGGCGCCACCGCUGCUCCCCUUCCUGCCACGAUGCGUCCUUCCAUGAAGGACUGAGGAGGGGCGGGUGUGGGUCCCAGGGCUGGCGCUGCUCUUGCCCUCAGCCCUGCCUCAGCUCUCAGGCUCCUUGGUAUUUAUUUCCCAAGCCCACUGGCCUCUCGGCAGGUGUUUAGUCUCAACCCCUUCCUGGUGGUGGAGGAAGGGGCUGGCCUCGGAGGCCCCAGAAGAUGGGGCCCAGACCCCCUGCCCCGUGCCAGGCCUGGCAUGGCACCCCAUUGCCCCACAGCUCCUGCCACCUCCUCUCAAGGGCCCCAGGCUCCAAACUCACGGUGCACAUCUCUACCUUUUCUUUAAAAAAGAUCUUUUCUUACUGUUAAUUUAUUGUUUCUGGCACUUGGGCAGGCCCUUCAGCUCGCACUCCUCCCACUGCAGACAUGGGGUUUCAGGAGGCGGGAGGCUGCCCUGCCCUUGUCCAAGACAGGCACGGGCCCUUUUCAGACCACAUCACCGUGGGCACUUUCUCUGUGGGAUGGACAGAUCAUUCAGGCCUUGACCACGCACCCCUCAGCUUGGGGAGAAGAGAGUUGCUGCCACCUUCCCCUCUGCCUCCACUGGGCCCUUUGCAGCCCCAGGCCUCAUCUGCGGGAAUGGGAGCCCCUGCCCCCUGCUCUCCCCCACACAGCCCCCUGCUCUGGCCAGAACUGCUGCCGGAGAGGGUCAGGCCCUGUGGUUUCAGGCCACAAGGGCCAUAAGGUGGAUGGGAGGGGAGGGUCUCCAGGCUGGUGUCUGGUUGGACCCUCUCCGUUGUCCAGAUGCUUCCUUUGUGAGCAGGUCAGCAGCACAGCUGCCCCCGCUGCCAUCUGGCCUUCUUUUAUGUCAACUUGUUUAUAAAUAAAACCAGUAUAGAUGCCA